AUGCCUCCCCCCGCGUCUCGCAAUGCCAUUCUACGCCUGAUGAACAUAUCUCAACACACUGCGUGUCCUUGUCACGGCUGUCGAGCCGCUGGUCAUGCUCAUCAGGCCAUCAACCAGAUGAGGAGAUUGGCGACCCCAGUCAAUGCGGUCGAGAAAGAAUAUGCGUUCGAGCUGGCUGCUUCUAAUCUUCGAUUUGGAGACGGUGUCACCAGGGAAGUCGGCAUGGAUCUCAAGAACAUGAAAGCGACAAAGGUCGGAGUGUUCACCGACCCUAAUGUUGCAAAAUUGUUACCUAUGAAAAUGGCUCUGGAGUCGCUUGAGUCGCAAACUGACUUGCCCUUUGAAGUCUACGACAGAGUUGUAGCAGAGCCCACGGAGGACAGCUGGCGAGACGCGAUUGCAUGGGCCAGGCAACAUAACUUCAGUCAUUUCUUGGCGGUGGGAGGAGGAAGCGUGAUCGACACAGCCAAGGCAGCAAAUCUGUUCACUGUCUAUGGGGAAUCGGAUCUUUUCGACUUCAUCAACGCCCCUGUUGGGAAAGGCCAACCCAUUGCGAGGCCUCUUCGCCCACUUAUUGCCAUUCCAACGACUGCUGGUACCGGCUCCGAAACAACUGGGACUGCCAUCGUCGAUAUCACUUCCAAAUCUUUCAAGACCGGUAUUGCAAGUCGUGCGAUGAAGCCUGCACUAGGCAUUGUGGACACUUACAACACUGAGACAUGUCCAACGGCUGUACAUAUCAGUUCCGGACUGGAUGUGUUAUUCCACAGUUUGGAAAGCUAUACUGCCAUUCCGUACACUGAGCGCACACCACGUCCGUCGAACCCGAUUCUCCGGCCGGCGUACCAGGGAAGCAAUCCUGUAGCGGACAUAUUCUCUUUCUGGGCACUGCAGCAGACAGUUCAGCAUCUACCUCGAGUUGCGAAGAACAGGGAUGAUACUGAGUCGAGGAGACAGCUGCUGCUCGCAGCGUCCUUUGCGGGCAUCGGCUUCGGUAAUGCAGGCGUCCAUCUGUGUCAUGGAAUGAGUUACCCUAUAUCUGGAUUGAACAAGAAAGGUCCCAAGUACAAGCACGCUGGUUACAAUGUUGACCACCCAAUCAUUCCUCACGGUGUCAGCGUUGCAAUCACCGGCCCAGCAGUCUUCCAAUUCACGGCUCCCUCUUCGCCUGAUCGUCAUCGUCAAGCUCUCGCCGUUUUCAAGAACACCACGCCCAUGGACUCUUCAAUCACGGCCAUUCCAGACAGCGAGAUCGGUGCUCACCUGUACGAGGCCAUCGCUGCCUUCCUCGAUGGUCUCGGUGUGCCACGCGGUCUAAAAGCCUUGGGGUACACCAGAGCAGAUGUGCCGCAGUUGGUGGAGGGCACACUUCCGCAGAGGCGAGUACUGGAUCUGGCACCUGGGAUCGGGGAUAUCGUAGGCGAGGACGGAAGGGAGCAUCUGACCAAGAUGUUGGAGAGUUCAUUGGAAUAUUAGGAUUGGACCCCAUGGCAAUGGUUUUUUUUGCAUGACCAGAUCUGUAUACAGUAUUGUACACGUACUACGGAAGGAAUCUAUACAACGGGUUUCUGGGU